GAUCAGCUGGAUCGUUCAUAUUUCCAUCGAGGUUAGUGCUGUCACGCACAGAUGAUGACUGCAGCGCUACAAUCAGGAAUAAAAGGUUAAUAAAGAAGAAACCAGUGCUUCAAAGGCUGGUCUCCAUGGAAACAAGAGAUUCCAGACCAAGCUCUGGAAGUCUGUCGAACCAGGAUGAUGGUGGUCUGUGGAUGAAAAUGGACUGUAACCAUGUUUCCAACCAAACAGAGAGUCCAUCAGUAGCCUCUGGUGAGACGCCCCAAGAUGAAACCAUCCCUGGUACUACAGCGAGGUACUACAGUGUGAUGGAUGAUGAAGGUGCAGAUGAUGUCUUCAUCCCACCUUCUCCUCCAUCCUGCAUGGCUCCUUUGCCACCAGCAGAUGGAGGCACAGGUGCAACAGCCGAUAACUCUGGUGUGUCCGUCUCAGGGGCAGCUGACGCCACAGAGGCUGAGGCUAAUCCCAGCAGCUUAGACUGGUAUCACGGGCAGAAGCACUUAAUGGCAGCACAGAACGAGGUGGAUGAAGUGAUAGCAAGUGUGCUGCAGGCUUCUAUGGAAAAGGUAUUACUGUCCAAUGACAAGGACUCCACACCACCAAGCUAUCAAGACCAAACAUCCAUGGACAGCAGGGGUUGUCUGAUGGAAACAUGCCACGAUGCCGCCAAAAGACACUAUCAGGAUGACACAGACAAUGAAGAAUCAAAUGAGGAGCCUGAGGACAUUGUGAUUUUGAGGGAAGGACAGGAAAACUGGGGAGAAAGCAAUGCAGAGAAAGACCAAUAUCCAAAUGAAAUUUCUUCAAGCCAUGAGGAAAACUCUGAAAAGGAGACCUGCUCAGACAAAGACGGAGACAAAACAAAAUACGAGGACAUUUGUGGUCUUGAUGAGACAGACUCAAAACUGUCAAGAGAGAAGCUGGACAGUGAAAGUGAUGAGCCAAAUACCCCAACACUGUCUGAUCCUAAUGUGAAUGAUUGUGAUUUUGAAUGCUCCGAGGCAGCAGAGGUCAACAAACACAACCGAAGCAAGACGGACGCAGCAACCAGUCAGCCUCAGGCAGCUCCUUUACCAGCAGGCGAGACCAGUGAUAAUGAAGAGCAUGUUGACAGCAGAUCUUUGGACUAUAACCUCACGAAGUAUAACUGGGUGAGGAGAGAAAGUGGCACAGAAAUGCAAAUGCCCCAACCUCCUAUCUCCAAAGAUUCUGCAGAAACGGUGACUAGCAGAGAGCAUGAAGAUGGAGGCAAGAGAAUAGCCACUGAUAUCCAACAAGGUGAGCAACUGCUUCAGCGUCUGCAAAUGGUUCAGCUGCGACACGAUGUACAUAUGUCAGAGAAUCCUCAAACCUCUCAGAAGCCUUUCAAAGAUAUGAGAGGUGAGGAAAAGGGUGCAUCUGGGACUGAAUUGAGAGAAAGGAAACUGACAGAUGAAGAAAUGAAGGAAGAAAGUCGAUUUCACACUGUAAUGGAAUCAAAGACAACCCUGAUGGAGAAGGAAAAGACUGAGAGUAAAGACAUUCAAACAAAAGCAAGGAUGUCUUCAUCUGAUAUGCCAGAAGAGUCUGAGCACAAUAGGAUUGCUGCAAUAGAUUCUGGAGAUUCUGGUGAUGAACAGAGUGACAGAUGUGUACCUGCAGAUUUGCCUUCUAUCAUCUCCCAUGAAACAUCUACUGAAAUUCCAUUUUUGUCCACUGGACACCGAUUCUCAGCUGCCGAGACCUCUAUGGAGAAGCAGCUCCACGAGGCAGCCCAGGAGAAGAAGAACUUGCAGAGAGCAGGGGGGGUUUUCAAUCUUACAGAUAAUCCUGAUGUGCUGGAGAUUCCCUUCAAAACAAAUAUCUCUCUUGAGUCACUUCUUCCCAAAGCUGAGGCCAGCCAUCGCAGUGAUUGGCAAUUCUCUGAGCAGAAGAUGCAGAAGGAGAUAAGUCAGGAGGUUCAGAGAGAACUGGUGCUGGUCAACCAGGGAAAGAUUCCAGGGGGGUACAGCAAAGGGGAAGUCCGCCACUUAAAGGAGACUAAACUGCUGUUUGAAACUUUCCAGCAAGACAACAUGGAGGGUCCAACAAGGCUCCGGAAGCCCCCUAACACAGUGAUUCAAGGUCCCGUUUAUCCUUCAGUGCUGGAGCGCACACGUAGCCUCGAGAUGUUCUCCCUGAAAAGUUGCCCCGUUUCCAGAGCACAUUCCCUCAGGCUGUGCAAAUCUACAACCCCUGAGAGAGAAAAAAGUCCCGAAAACUUCAGGUCAAAGAGCCCAACUGGAGGUUCUCGAGAUAAAACACGCUUAUCCCCUUAUUCAAAACAGGACAAACACCUGCGUCUGCACAGAAGCAUGGACUCUAUAAGAACUGAUGGCUCCACGUUAGCAGUGGAGACCAGGGGCAUACCAAGGAAGGGGAACGCAGGGCCAGAAUCCCCAAUCCUCAGACAAAACCCUUUCUUCAAGUUGCGCCCAGCCCUGGCUCUGCAGCCAGAGGUGGAGAAGGACAUCCGAGAGGCCAAACAAAGAGAGGAGGAGCUGCGCAGACAGAGAUGCACUUUGUAUGGAGAGAACAGACGGAAUAGUGAAGAUGAGGACAAGUCACGUCGCACUCAAACAGACGUACCAGAUAUCAGGAAACGAGGGAAACUGGAACGGGUUUGGCCUCCGCUCCCCAAGAAAGAUCCAAUGAAAUCUGAGCAGACACAGCAGGAAGCCAAAGUUCACAGAGCGGGAGGUCAGAAGGCUCCGCUGUGGCAACGCUGGGAGUCUGGCAUGAUAAACGGGCAGCCGGCAAAAGAAAAGAAAUGAUCAGGACCGUCAACAGACUGUUACUGAUCCACAAUGCUACAAUCACAGUCCAACCAGAGCUAAAUCAGUAGAACCAAAGUCCUUUUGUUAGACCCGGCUUCAAUACUCUCUGGCUCGUUUAACUCUGCUUUCUAUCUAUGUCAAAUGUGCAUUUCUUUUUUUGAUAUCUGUAAAUCUUAGUAUUAUUUAGCAGUUAAUUAAAGCAGAAGUAUCACAGCAAUGAUUCUAUCUUUUUUAACUCAUUUAAACCAGUGAAUCUCAAAUGGGGGUCAGCAAACAAGACUAAAAAUAUGCUUUUUUAUUAUUUAUCAGCGGUCCAGGCUCUGAGAAACCAUUUUUUGACUGUGUGCAAGUCAGAAUUGUCACAUUAGAUUUCAAGUUAAGCUGUUUUGGUGUCCCUCUGCACAUUGAAGCUAGUCAGAGCUGAUGAUAAAAACUGCAGGCUGCACAGAGGUACAGACUAUGAAUAAGGAACAGCAUUACAUUCAUUACACAGCAUUACACAAAUAUUAGAGUGUGCAACUUCAUUUUUGGCCGGGUAGUGUAUAUCAAAUCACUGUCAAUCUUUUCAUCAGUUAAAACCUGUGUUGUGCAAAUUAACACAAUUAUUCAUCAGCAUGCAAUGGCAAUUAAUACCAGGUGUAAUAUAUGAAAAAGUGGAGGGGAGAUGCAACUAAAUCACGUCUUGAUGUGUGUGUUUUGAAAUGCACUCCUCCUGAUUUGCCUUCCAUAUUUCAAAGACAGAGUCCUAUUUGCAGCUAAUUGAAUAGAUUCCAGUUGCGUUGCUUUGUGGUUAGUCUGUUGUACAAUGAUACAAAUAUUUACAAUAUAUGUUGAAUCCCA